GUAACUCGUCGGUCCUUCAAAACAAAGUCCCCUCCCACAUUCGAAUAUUAACUGCAACAAGAGCAAAGACCUUCCUUUUCUUUCUAGUUCUACACACACAGAGAGUGAGGAGGAAGAUGGUAACUCAACAGUUUGUGAUUAAAGGAAAGAGAAGGCGCAUAUGGGGAGGAGCUUUUCUCUGUUGGAUUCUGUUAAUGUUGGUCACUCCCAAAAUUUCUCACUCCCCAAAUAACCAUCACUAUGCUGACAUGCGCAAUUUCCUUGGAGUGCCCAACACAUUGAAUGUGAUCACCAGUUUCCCAUUCUUGGUUGUUGGGGUUCUGGGUUUUGUUCUGUGUGUCCAAGGAGGCUUUUUCAAUAUCAGUUUGCCAGGUGAAGUUUGGGGUUGGGCACUGUUCUAUGCAGGAAUAGCAGGGCUGGCUUUUGGGUCUGCUUAUUAUCAUUUGAAGCCUGAUGAUAGUAGAGUGACUUGGGAUACCUUGCCGAUGAUGAUCGCAUUCUCCUCGCUUUUCUCUAGUUUUAUAGUGGAGAGAGCGGGAGAGAGAAUUGGCUUAAGUUGUCUAUUUGCACUCCUCGUUAUUGCGGUUCUUAGUACUGCUUAUGAGAGAACAUGCAAUGAUAUCAGAUUGUACAUGAUGUUCCAAUUGAUUCCAUGUAUAGCAAUUCCAGGAAUGACAUUUGUGUUCCCACCCAAAUAUACUCACUCAAGAUAUUGGCUUUGGGCAGCAGGGGCUUACAUUCUCUCCAAAUUUGAAGCUUUUGCUGACAUGAAAAUAUACCAUGCAAAUCAGUACACUAUCAGUGGGCACUCUUUGGAGCAUUUGUGUUUAGUAAUCGUCCCUGUUCUGCUCAGUAUUAUGCUCCUGCACAGAAACAGGAAAUGUCAAAGUGGGCUUGAUGACAGAAUAGGGACCUUUAAACAAUGUUUGUGAAGUAGGCAAGGCGAAGACGAUCACAUUUUCUUUGCAGCUCAGCCACCUAAUCAGUGCUUAGAACUUUUCUGUAAAUGGGGAGUCAUUGGAGUAAAGAUUGAUUCUGUACUGUUCUCCACUACUAGUCAAUCAUGUCUCGUGAGCAUUUAGAUGAUUGCUUUAUCUGGGUGAGUAUGAAGAUUGGUCAAGAACGUCCCCACCUGCUCCCUCCCAGUGGCUGCGAAAUGGUGAAACCGCAUUGACUGCUAGAGCGUAGGAAAGUUAAAAGGUGAAACAAGAAAAUUUGUAACUGCAUUCGAUUUCAGAUUUUGAUCAUUUUGUAACUGGCUUCCAAUCGACAGAUUGGAUUUACUGAUGAUCUAGGUAUUAGAGUUUGAUCUAAUUCUCAAGGAAGGACAAAAUUUGUGCUUGAGAUAUAAGGUCAUCACCCUGCUUUACUGUGAA